UUUCCUCCUCUCCUGUCCCUUGAGAUUCGCAGAGGCAAGGCUAAGAACAAACCCUUGUGCGAGCUGUUUCUUUCCCCCAACCUCUCAGCCCUGUGAACGCUGAUGAGCAGAUUUGCCCAGCUUGUCUUUGAGAUUGAUCAAUGAGCUCUUUCUCAAGGAAUGCUUCCCCCUAAUUGUGGAGAAGGCGGUGGCUGCGGUGGUCCUGUCCAACAUGGGUGUCCAAGUUCUGAGAGCCUAAGAGAAGGUAUUACCAGGGGAUAAAUAAUGUGCACUGCUCUGAGCCCAAAGGUACGCGGUGGACCUGGCCUGUCUGAUAUGCAUCAGUAUAGCCAGUGGCUCGCCAGCAGACAUGAAGCUAAUUUGCUGCCGAUGAAAGAAGAUCUUGCCUUGUGGUUAACCAAUCUAUUAGGGAAGGAGAUUACAGCAGAUACUUUCAUGGAGAAGUUGGAUAAUGGCGCCUUGCUCUGUCAGCUUGCAGCAACUGUGCAGGAGAAGUUCAGAGAGACCAUGGAUGCGCAAAAGCCUGCCAAGAGUCUGCCAUUGAAGAAGAUUCCAUGCAAAGCCAGCGCACCCUCAGGCUCCUUUUUUGCCCGAGAUAAUACAGCGAAUUUCUUAUCCUGGUGUCGAGAUUUAGGAGUGGAUGAAACGUGUCUGUUUGAAUCUGAAGGUUUGGUCCUCCACAAGCAACCAAGAGAAGUGUGUCUCUGUUUGCUGGAACUUGGCCGGAUUGCAGCCAGGUAUGGUGUGGAGCCUCCUGGCUUGAUCAAAUUGGAAAAAGAGAUUGAACAAGAAGAAACACUCUCUGCUCCUUCUCCUUCACCUUCUCCUUCAUCAAAAUCUUCUGGAAAAAAGAGUACAGGAAACUUACUGGACGAUGCAGUGAAAAGAAUUUCUGAGGAUCCCCCUUGCAAGUGCCCGAGCAAGUUCUGUGUGGAGCGGCUCUCCCAAGGAAGAUACCGAGUGGGAGAAAAGAUCCUCUUCAUUAGGGGUCUUCAUGGUUGUGCCUAUGUCUCCACAGCCAAAGUAAAGCAGACAUUGAAGAUGCUGCACAACAAACAUGUCAUGGUGCGUGUGGGAGGCGGAUGGGAAACUUUUGCAGGGUAUUUGUUGAAACACGACCCCUGCCGAAUGCUGCAGAUCUCCCGUGUGGAUGGCAAAACAUCCCCUAUCCAGAGCAAAUCUCCAACCCUUAAGGACAUGAAUCCAGAUAAUUACUUGGUGGUCUCUGCCAACUAUAAGGCUAAGAAGGAGAUUAAAUGAAGCUAAUUGGUUGCCACAAAGGGACUUUGAUAGGCCAUAUCCACAUCUCCAGAGUAGUCAGUUUAGUUCACAUGUGCUGAAAACCACUUUGGAAAAAGGUGUGACAGAAAAAUGUCAUCAUACUGAACUAUAGUAGCACUAUUUAUUUUUAACGCUUCUUUAGGAAAUGACAUUUUUAAAUUCUAAACUCAGACUUAAAUUAGUCAAAUCGUAGGCAAAUUACUAAUUCUCAAUAUGUGAGCAUAGUAUUUAGGGCACACACAGUAUUAGAAACACAAUUCUAGCUAUAGAUGCUGAAGACAAAAGUAUAAGAGAAAACAGGAUUUGCAGAAAAGUCAACAGAAAGUGCCAGCUGUAUGCCUAUGAGUAAAAGCACCCCAGACAUUUUUAUAAUUGCAGGAUUUUUAAGCUAUUUUUUACAAAAUGAUUACUGUGACAAUGUGCUACUAAAAGUAUCCAACAGCACUAUCAGUUAAAUACAGGCUAUUCACAGCAGUGAUACUUUCCUGGAAAGGCCACUUCAGAAAAGUUUACAUUUGUUUGGAAGACUGCCUGAAGUUUAUCUCUUAUCUCCGACCAAAUAUCUGGGGUACUUUUGGAAGUUUUGGGUACACCCCCUGAGAGAAGAGCUGAUGAAUUUCACACAUUCCUAAGCACAUGUCUUCCUAAGCACUGAGGCUUUGUUUAGCCUCAGUGUAAUUUACACACGAGCUGACACUUCUAUUUUGAUGAAUGAAUUGUACAGUCAAAUGGUCACUGACUUCAUGUUAUUUUAAAGCAUUUUCUUAUUAAAAUAUAUCUUUAGUUAAUCCUACUUUGCUAUGCUGUCUAGUAAAUUCGCUGUAGCUAAUGAUGUUACAGGCUUGUGUAUACCCUUGUAUACCUGGGACAGGGCAAACAGCAAAGUAUUGUCCUCACUGAUGCAAGAAUUAAAAACAUAAAUUUAAAAAAU